AUGACUACUCAUAAACUCAUCAUUCUUCGCCACGGAGAAUCAGAAUGGAAUAAGGAAAGCAAGUUCUGCGGAUGGAUCGAUAUCCCGCUAAGUGAUAAGGGUAAACACGAAGCAAUGGUCGCUGCUAAUCUAUUAAAUAAAUAUAAUUUAAAACCAACUUUAAUGUAUACUUCCAAAUUAACCCGAUCAAUUCAAACCGGGAAUAUCAUUCUAGAGAAAAUCGAUCGUUUAUGGUGUGACACCGUCAAAUCUUGGAGACUAAAUGAACGCCAUUACGGUUCUUUCCAAGGAGUCUUGAAAAAUGUCAUUUUUAAUCAAUACGGUAAAGAAAAAUUUCAAUACUACAGAAGAAACUUCAAUGCCGUCCCGCCACUAGCAGAAAACGACCAUUGCAUCGAUGAAAGAUAUAACAACGUCGACGUUCCUUUAUACCAAUUACCCAAAGGUGAAUCACUCAAAAUGGUGAUGAAUCGGUUGAUCCCCUUUUUCCAACACGAAAUUAUUAACCAGAACCUCAUUCACCAAAAUAAAACUGUGCUUAUAGUGACUCAUGGCUCAAUUGUACGAAGUCUUAUCAAGUUCUUGGGCCAUAUCAGUGACGACGAUAUCAGCAAAAUCAACGUGCCUACAGGUGUGCCGCUUGUCUUUGAGCUAAACGAUAAGGGCGAACUAAUAAAAGACUACUACUAUCUAGAUGAGGAAUUGGCUAAGAAGGGUAUUGAAAAGGUCUCUAAUGAAGGUAUUAAAGCAAGUCAAAAGUUAUAA